AUGUCUCAGAACAAAAGCAAGGAAACCUCCACCAAAGGAGACAAACAAAACUUUUUUGGACAGAAAACAACCACAACGCUUGAACCCGACAAAACUGGCCUCCACGAAGGGGAAGUGUCGGCCGAAGGCGACGACCACGCGGCCGGCUUGCAGACCAUGCAAUGCUCCGAUGCCCUCACCAAAGCCUUCUUCAAGAACGCUAUGGACGCGAUGUCCACAAAACUAAUUACAACUUGGCAAAUCACAGCAAAAAUUAAGUGGCCAACCUCUCCACCAGAACGACCCGGAUAG